UUCACCUUGACACCCGCGAUCAGUCAACGUCACUUCCCCCCCCCAACUGGCAAAAUGCUGUUCGGCUACUCGGUCACGCAAAAUGCCGGCGAAGCGGCGGAAGAGCUGCCGAACAACGAGGCGGAAUUCUUCAACGCCAAGACUUUCCUGCAAACGGCCAGCGGCAACACCGGCGACAACCUCUACGACCACCUGACCGAGGUGCUCAACCGGAUCCUGGCGGAGCGGCCCGAGAAUGUGAUCGACUUCUUCGAGGAGUACAGCCGCAAGGUGAAGGAGCGCCGCUACCGCCCGCUGACCGACCGUUUGGAGGACUGCUACAUCACGCCCGCCGCCUUCGAGCUCGCCUCCCACAUGCUGAGGGCGCUGCGCCCGCUGCCAGCCCCCGCCCCCUCCACCUUGGACCCGGAGGACCUGGAGCUGGCCGACAUGUCCAGGAACAACCUGCUGGAGAUGCUCUUCUAUCUGGAACAGGCGGGGCUGGGCCUGCCCCGGCCGGAGAUGGUCUUUGUCAUGCUGUCCAUGAGGCAGCUGGUGGCGGCCAAGCCGAUCGCCUCCAUCCGCUUCUGGGGGAAGGUCCUGGGGACCUUCCAGAACUACCUGGUGCUGGAGGCGGAGCUGAAGGAGGAGGAGUAUGUGCGGCGGAACGAGGAGUUUGCGGAGCAAACCGCCCAGCUGCCCAGCGCCCCGAUGAGCCAGCUGGACGAGGCGCUGGCCCACCUGUCCCUGGCGGGAGAAGGGGCAACUUCCAAAGUCCCCAGGGCCCUGCCGGCGGAGCCCCAGAUCCACUUCCUGCCUCCGGCGGAGGCCCCCAUGGAGCCCUCGGGCGUGGGCCUCAACAAGAAGGCCUACUUCGUGUGCCCCGGGAUAGGGGAGCCCUGGACCGAGCUGCCGGACGUCUCCCCACAACAGAUCCGAGUGGCGCGCCAGAUCCACAAGGCCUUCAGCGGACGGUUGGACACGCCCAUCCAGACCCACCCAGAGUUCCCCGGCCAGGAGAGGCACCUGCUCAGGGCGCAGAUUGCCAGGAUCUCCUCGGCCACCCUGGUGGCCCCUCUGGGGUUCUACACCUUCGGCGCAGAGGAGCUGGGGGAGGGCGCCGAAGAGGAGGAGGAGGAGGCAGCAGGUGGGGAGCCGAAAACCGUCUACAGCCCCAACCCCCACUACCAGCCCCCCGCCCUGAAGGAUCUCCUGGACUCGUCCAUGUCGUUCUGGGUGCACACGGCGCCCUACAUUCUGCCGCAGGGCAGGACCAGCUGGUGGAACCCCGGGCCCGACCUGGAGGGCGCGGGCGAUGAGGAGGACGAGGGCGAGCAACUGGGCGAGGAGGAGCAGGAGGAGGAGCCGAAAGCCACGCGGGUGGAGCCGGAAAGCGGGCCGCCCCUUCUCACGCCCCUCUCGGAGGACGCCUCCCUGGAGACCACCAAUCCGUGGACGGUGCGCCCCACCGCCAGCGUUCUGGACAUGUUCUCCUUGGCGGUGGUGCGCUCCAACCUGUGGCCUGGCGGCCACGCCCUUGCCACGCCCACCAGCGGCUUCUACAACGUCUACAUAGGCGACGGGCUGAAGUACAUGCAGACCAACUUCACGCCGCUGCCUCUGCCUGCUGUGCAGCAGGAGUAUCCGGUGGGGCCGGAGGUUCUGGAGGUGUUGGACCCGUCCGGGCAGGAGGAGGAGCAGUGGCGCAUCGACCACUUGCCCAAGCCGAAACUGCAGCUGGGAGAGGGAGGCGAGGAGGCCGAGCCCGAGCAGGAGGAGGAGGAGGAGGAUGAGGAAGAGGACGACGAGGACUAGUUUUUAUGGAAAACUGCAGUUGUUGUGUUACGUUAAUAAAUAACUUGCGUUGUGGGCC